AUGUAUAUUUGUUUUUUAUUUCUACUUUUACUGGCUGCUCGGGCGAUUCUCGAUAUCGUUUAUACAGUAUUAAUACACAGUAUUAGUGGAUACUCACACUGUCUCGCUAGACUAUUAUAUAUAUAUAUAAGUAAAAUUAAAAGUACUAAGGUAAAUAUCGUGCUUAUAAAGGUCGAUAUUAUUUAA